GUCUGUCCUCCUCAGCUGGUCCUCGGCUGUCUCCUCCGGAUGAAGAUGCGGGCUGCGGGGCUCCGGCUGGCUGCCGCGCUCGCGCUCUUCGCGGCGUCCGCGUGCGGCUCGUGCGCGGAGGUGAUCGAUGACGUGCUCGGCAGCCUGUCUCGCGGCGUGUCCUUCCUGGAGCGGCAGCACGAGCACAUCAACCUGGACGGGGCGGUGGGCUUCGUCCUGCUGCAGGCGGAGCUGAAGGAAGCGGUGGGGGCGUGGCCUCACACCGACACGGUCAGCUGGGCUCAGAGGACCUCGGCGGUGGCUCUGCUGCGGCGCCUCGACCAGGCUCUGGACAAAGCCGUCAUCGCCCUGAAGCAGAACGACCCCAAAUACUACAAAGAGUUCGAGCCUCUGCUGUCCUGGACCUUCUGGAAGGUUCCUCAGGAGGGGGUCUCCACGGACCCCAGCCUGGUGUACCCCUCCACCAUGAGCACAGAGUGUUAUGACGAGCAGCUCAGCGACAAGUGUCUGACGCUGCUGCUGGGGACCUGGAAGGAGAACGGGACGCCCUGCAUCGUCACCAAACCCUGCCUGGACACCAUGACCCGCUUCGGUUGUCCUCACUACUCGCUGUCCCACCAGCUGCUCUACUUCCUGAUCGGACGGAUGGGGGGCUGCAGCAACCUGCUGAAGGGCGACACCAGAGCCUCCAGGGCCAACACGACGGAGCAGCAGUACCAGAACAUCUUCUGCUCCAACAUGAUGAAGACCAACCAGGACGUGGUGGCCGCCGGCCUGACCGAGCAGACGGUGGACAUCUUCACCGAGAACAUCCUGAUCUGUGGGCUGGCCGGUUUCUCAGACUUCUUCAAAGCUGAUUGGCUGCAGCACAUCCUGGGGCUGCAGGACAAGGAGGUGGGCUGCUUCGGGAGGGACCACAGCAUCAUCUCUCAGAUCAUAGGAGACGAGCUGCUGGAGCAGCUGCAGCCUCACCGGAGAGUGAAGAGGAGGGAGAAGAUCCUUCCAGACGGAUGCUCCAGUCACAUGACGGCGGUGGCGGUGGGCGCCCUGGGAGGGUACCUGAACUUCUACCUGUCGGAGCAGGACAUUACCAAGAGGCCGCUGUCCUGAGCGGUCCAGGCGUCCGGAUUCCUGCUACCAAACACACCUUUACCUGAGGAGGAGGUCUCACCUGCCGCGCGGCCAUGUUCUCUAACGCACGAUCCCUAGUCUCCUGAGAAGCUAUGAAGCCACUUUUUAGUUCAUGUCUUUUCAUAAGAAUAUUUUGGACGCUGAGAAGAUCCUCUGCCGUUAGUGAAGGUGGAGAUGCGACUGGAAAACUCUGGAGUUUUUAAAGCUGCUUUUGAAUGCUUUUAUUUUGAAAAUGUAUUGGAUCCGUAUUUACACACAGGAAUGUGAUUGUCCUGCUAAUGUAGAGUUAGCUGCAUCAGUAAACCUACAGAACGUCGACAUCAUGUUACUGAAUAAAGACAUCUUCUGAAA